AUGUCCGACACUCCUCUCUCCUCAGACUCCUCCGAGCAAGUCGAUCAAGCAGCUAAUCACACUCAGUAUCGUCUACGUGUAACUGCUGGUCCCGAGCAUGAUCCUUCUACCCACAAGCUCGUUCCUGUCAAUGCUUCCGAGACCUUGACGUUCGAGAAUGAACAUAUGAUCCUAUCCCUUGCUGUGCGCAUACGACAUUUCACCGGCUACCCGAAUGAUUCCCCUACAACCUCUCCUUACUUCGACCAUGAGCUUCAUCAGUACGAUCAAUACUCGAUAGCUUUCUCGUUCAUACCCAAAGUUGACAUUCCUGGCGGCGAUUUGAUAUUCGGAAAUGAUUUCGACCGCCCGAUAAGAGACAGAUUGCCACCUGGCUUCAAUCAAGCCUUCAGAAUCGUCAAGUGGUGGGUUGAUCCCGGUCUCGAAGGAGAUGUCUACGCCGACAAGCCAUCUCUGUUUGGACCAGCGUUGAGCAGUUGGAAUAUUCUGAGAAUUGGCGACCAAGUUAUCGAAGAAGAUGAAUUACAAGACAAAAAUGCAUGGAAGAUCCCCAAUGCCACCUCCUUUCAUGAAGUCGUUGUGGAAGAGGGAGCAGAUGGCUCUGGGGAACAAGUCAGGGAUAAGUCAGGAAUGCCCACUGAUUCAGCUGGCAGGAAAAAGCACUUCUUGACGCCUGCCAACCGUGACGCUUUUCUUUUCGAGGCUGGUCGGCUUUAUCAGUCAGAUUUUGGCAAUCCAUACCUCGACUUCAACGACUUCUCCCUCAAGCUUCCAGGGUUUAGUCUGAACGUGAUCAAAUACGUUGAUUCAAAGACACAUGAGCUCCGCUAUACUUUGAAAAACAAGUCUACCGAAGAGAUCUACGCAGUGAUCAUGUUUACUCUUCUUUUCGGAGAAGAGUUGCAACAGGUCAGGAAGGAAUUGGGUGAGGCUAAUUCAGAGAAAGACCCGGACGCUUCCAUGCCGGACCCACCGACAGAUGACGAUGAUGAUCUUGACUGA